AUGUCGAAUAUUGAAGCUAUGGAUUGCACAGGUUAGAUUUUAGGUGAUAUUUUCAAAAUAAAAAAAAAUCGUUUCUUUUAGAAGAGGCCGUUGGCUGGCGUAGUAUUCCACCAGAAAUCAAACGAAAUAUCAUAACAUAUCUAGCCUUCCCGGACAAACAGAAUAUGAUGCUUGCGAAUUGGGAAUGUUCGAGAAUAUGUGAAACGAUUCCGAAUAAAUUGAGUGAACUUGGAAUCACUGAAUUUCCCACUACAGCGGUAAGAUCUCAAAGAUAAACAGAAUAUCAUGUGAUUCUUUUUCUUCUUCUUCUUCAGAAAACCACGUUGGUAAUGAAAUGGAAGAAUGAAAACGGAAGACUUGUCAGUAAAAUGGUUGAAUAUCGUGGAAGAGAAAUGUAAGAACAAGUUUCGCGGCUAAAAAAUGUUCAUUUCACCUUUUAGGAGACAUCAAGAUUGCCCCGAUCACACAUCACAAGCAAUGAAUGCAUUUGUUCGACUAUGGAGAAGAUCAAAAAUAAAAACAGUUCUCAUAGAAAUAGUGAGUUGACAAGUUAGAAAUCAUUAUUUAAUAGUGAACUUUAGCCAUGUUUCGAAGGAUUGAGUUAUUUGUGGGAACAUCAAAACUACCACACAGAUAGUCAUGUUGCAGUCAAAGUUUUCAAUAUAAGAACAAAUGACUAUAGAUUGGUAGAAUUUGCUUUGAGAUCGGCGAAAAACUCAAAACAAGAUAUAUCACUAAUGGCAAAUGAUCACGGUGGAAUGGAGACUGCAAUUUUUGACUUGGAAAAAAUUAAGAAAGCAAAUAGCGUUAUUUUGUGGUCACUUAUAAGUAAUAUCCAAGAUCAUCAAUUGACAGCUCUCUCUGCCCAAAAUAUUCGAGUAUCCAGUCAAUUUCUUACGUCAAGUUCGAUAGUUAAAAUUUUGCGUGAUUGGAAAUCGGGAAAAAGAAAGCUGGAAAGAUUACAUGUCUCAUCACCUCUUUUGGAUCUCGCAGAUAUUGUGAAUCAGAUUGGAUGUACUUGUUGGAAAAAUAUGACAGAGUAAGUUUCACUCGUGAUUUUGAAAACUUUGUGAAAUCUUUUUUCUAGUAUUUGUCAAGUUAUCUGGCGCGAAGUGGAUGAAGAAGGAUAUACAUUUGCCACAAAAGGCCCUAAAUUUGAUACGCCUGGUGCAGUUGGAUUAAUCAUGUCAGAAGGUUUGUUGAUACUAAAAUUCGCAUCUAAUGAAACAAGGUUCAGGCACACCAACAUUCAUCUUCCGAAUUAUAAAAAUGACACCAUCCAUGUCAAGAUUGGUUUCGGAGCGAUGCGGUUCAAAUUGUGCUGAAGUGAGACCACAGUACAUCGAGCAAGCUUCUAAUUAA